CGCUCACUGCAUUUCUCAGAGAACCUGGAUCAGUUCUCUGACAACAUGGAGGAUUUCUCCAAUGACCUGUUCAGCAGUUUCUUCGAUGACCCAGUACUGGCUGAGAAGAACCCACUGCUGGACAUGGACCUGGAUCCACCCACUCCAGGCAUCCAGGCAGAGCACAGCUAUUCCCUCAGUGGAGACUCUGCUCCCCAGAGCCCCCUUGUGCCUGUCAAGGCUGAAGAUAAUACUAAUGAGCUGGAGAAUGGAGUGUGGUCGCUGGGGCCCAAGCUCUGCUCCAUCAUGGUGAAACAGGAACAGAACCUGGCUCUAGACCUGCCUGAGUCCCAGCUAGCUGCCAGCUCCAUACCAGUGCUGAACCUCAACCCUCUGCAGAGACUGCCAGUCCCCGAGGAGAUUCCCAUAGAAAUUACUCCAGCACCUGUGAUCAAAGCUGAACCCAAAGAGGUGAACCAGUUUCUAAAUGUUCCUACAGUAGAUGACCUGGUGCAGAUGCCUCCAACUCCACCCAGCAGCCAUGGCAGUGACAGCGAUGGAUCUCAGAGCCCUCGGUCCCUGCCUCCCUCCAGCCCAGCCCGGCCUGCUGCUCGCUCUUCUACUGCCAUCUCCUCCUCACCUCUCCUCACAGCACCACACAAGUUACAAGGAACCUCUGGCCCGCUGCUCUUGACUGAAGAGGAGAAGCGCACCUUGAUUGCUGAGGGUUACCCCAUUCCUACCAAGCUGCCCCUCACCAAAGCAGAGGAGAAAGCACUGAAGAGAGUCAGGAGGAAAAUCAAGAACAAGAUCUCUGCUCAGGAGAGUCGCAGGAAGAAGAAAGAGUAUGUGGAGUGUCUAGAGAAAAAGGUUGAGACAUACACAACAGAAAACAAUGAACUCUGGAAAAAAGUGGAGACCUUAGAAAACGCAAACAGGACUCUGCUCCAGCAGUUACAGAAGCUGCAGGCUCUGGUAGCUGGGAAAGUCUCCAGACCUUAUAAAAUGGCUUCCACGCAGACCGGGACCUGUCUAAUGGUGCUGGCACUCUGCUUCGUUCUGAUCCUGGGAUCCCUGAUGCCCUGUCUCCCUGAGUUCUCCUCAGCAUCACAGACAGUGAAAGCAACACCAGCACCAGACAUUUACACAACUAGUAAGAUUCAGUCACGGAGCCUUCUUUUCUAUGAUGAGGGUGCUGGCUCCUUAGAAGAGAGCUAUAGCUCCUUCCUAACCAUGGACCAUCCUGAGGGGUGGGAGGCUGAAAAAAGGCAAUCUGAGGAGGGAAGGCCUCAUCUGGCCAGGACACAUGAGACAGCCAAAUAUCUGAGCAAAACCCAGCUGGAGGGUCCCGACCAGAACCGAACUGACACAACUCUCACCCACCUCAAAGAGCAAUUCCAUGAGAGGGAGACAAGCUCCAGUGAGACAACUGAAUUCUUGUAGCAGCUGCUGGACCUCAAGGCCUCAUUUGUCAGAUUGCAGGAUUCCCUCCUCACCAAGCAACUGAGGGGACUUGGCAGGAGAGGACACUGCAUUCAGACACUAGUAAACUGGCCUUGGGUUCAGCUCCUCCCCUUCCCCAUUCUUCCCAUUAGUAAUGAUCUCUCUAAGGGGAGUCACAGGACUGCCAGAACCAGCAAUAGAUCUCUGGAGAAGCCCUGGACACCCUCUUCUCCUGGCCUUACCUCCUGCUUAAGUGAGCACUACCCUAUGGAUGUGGGCUCACCUUGAAGUGGAGUGAGAUCGGGGGAGCCCCCAAACUACUCAGCUCACUCCCCAAAGCCUCCAGACCCAGGGGGCUGUCCCCAGCUCUGUACCCCUUGGCUACAUCAGGUGCACCUGAAGGAGAGAGAGAAGAGAGAGUGUUGGAUUUACUGUCCUGCCUGGGAGACUUAGGAGUGGGUGAUGCUGGUGCUGGAGAGAUGGCUCUGGAGAGUUUGAGCUCAUUCCUUGCCCUCCAUCAGUUAGUAUAUUUCUCCUUCCACUGAGAGAAAACCUAGUUCUUCCUUGCUCUAGUUUUCUCUUGAUGGACAUGCCUACGUAAUUUCAACGCCAAAUAUCUGCAAAAAUCUGCACACAAACGGCGUGGGGAAGGCAGAUCCCAGACAGAUAAAUCACCAUAAAAAUUAGCCAGCAGCUUUUAGACAACCAGAGCUCUGAAAUAGAUAACAAUUUUCCCCCACAACCCACUUCUCCCCACCCUCAGCACCCCUGCUUUGGCAGGAGUGGUAUUUCUCCAUCUGUUCCCAGCUUGGACCCUACAGUGCAGUGCUAACCAGGUCAGUGGUCUUCUCGCUUUCCAUUCUGGAGGCAUUUCCUUUGAGAGUGAGUGAAACACAUUCCUAUAAUCUGACCCCCGUCCCAGCUCUCCAUCCCCAAUUUGGCCUCAUGACAAAUGGGGUCUUUCUAGGAACCACCAAGGAAGGCUCUGAAACCCAUUGGAGGUCUGUCAGAUUAGCCAUCGUUCCCCUCACAUCCUCCGUGUGCACACAACACAUAGUGUUGUGAAAACCACUGAGGACAUACUGGCAUUUCUUGAGACAGGUACAUCUGUCAGGAAAGGGGUGGCAUGCUGGAAUUGGCCAGGGUAACGAAAGACAGUCUUAGACCUCUUCCUUCUAAGUACUGACACCAAAGGUAGCAAAUGCUUGCCAUACCAUCCCUCAGGCCAGACUUGCCAAUUUUGGUGUUGAAGUGACCUCAUCUCAAGCCUGUGCCAUCCUUUUUAGCACCCAGACACUCAUUUCUGAUCCUUCUCCCUCCCCAUCAAAAGCCCUGUAGAAAGGCUUAAGUGUGUCCUCGCUCCAUUCCCUCAGCUGCCAUUUGAUGAAAGGACAACGUGGGACAUGAGUGGUGGAGAUCUGCGAUGUGGCAGGUUGCCCCAUAUUUUAACACGGGAGUCCCUGCGCACUCUGUCAGGUCUCACAGCAGGUUCCUCUUCCACUUGCUUCUCAUCAAGCACCCUGGACUCACUCUGCACUGCCCCAGCCUCUCCUCUUCGUCCAGUCUGGGAGUGGAGAAGGCCCCCUGGAGAGGAAGGAUGGGAUGGCUCUUGCUCAAUGAAUAGGAGAAGCGAGGGAAGGGCCCUCAUAUCCUUCUUUUCUACCUUUUGAAAAUUGGUUUUGCCCCCAAAGCCAUUUAGGAAAAAUUUGGACACAGCUAGCUGCAGCCAUACCUGCGUGGCCAGUGGGGUGAGGAAGAAGGUGGCUUUCAGCAUAGCUCUUCUCAAGGUCACCAGAUACCACUGCAUUUCCCAACCUCCACCUCCACCCCAGCACAAAGAACCACUGCCGGGUCCAAGCACGCCUUCCUCCACCCCAACACUUCCACUGAGCAUGUCCCCAUGCCUCUCACUCCCACCGUUGUACAGAGACCAAGAGCAGAACUCGUUUGUACAUAAUGAACCUUAUUUUGUAUUAUUGCCGAUCCCUUAAGAUAUUGUAUUUUGGAGACUCUCAGAUCCUAUUUUCAGUAUUGUAUUUUAUUAAGAAUUAGUGCGGGCUUGGCAUCUAUCAACUUCUUGUAGCAGCUCACUUUCAACUUAUACUCCAGCAGCUGCCUAUUCUCUCCUCUUUGGUUGGUUUUUUUUUUUGGUUGGUUGGUUGGUUGGUUUGUGUUGGUUUUUUUUUUAAAUUUUUUUUUUGUUUUUGGUUUUUUCCAAGCCACCUUUUCUCCUCCUCCUAUCACUUGCUCUGCAUUUGCUUUGUGAAGCAAAAUAAAAAUAAAAUAAAAAGUUGCAGCAUCAAUCCUGGGUUGACAGGUCCUUUCAUUGAGGCAUGGUCACGCCAGCCCACAUGCACA